UUCUAGGUUAAGUUAUAAUAAGUAAAUUUAUUUAUUUGAAGAAAUUUUACUCAAAAUCUAAUAAUAGAAACCGAUUGUAGUAACAAGAUUAUAUGUUUUUUUAUUUGGAGUUAUAUUAGGAGACCCAUGGCGACUACAAGAGUAACUAUAGUACCUCCACUUUAUAAGAGAAUUUUAUCAAGAUUUCCACAGAACUUCACAUUUUGCUUUGCUUACGGAUCCGCUGUGAAGAAACAAUUACAAAAUAAGUCGGAGAAUUUAAUCGAUUUGAUAUUUUGUGUAAACAAUCCAAGUGCGUGGCAUGAAGCAAAUUUAAAGCACAAUUCCUCACAUUAUAGUAGUUUAAAAUAUUUUGGACAUAAUUUAAUAGCACAUUAUCAACAAAAUUUUGGUGCUAAAGUCUAUUUCAACACAUUGGUGCCAUUAGAUGACAUUUGGAUUAAGUAUGGUGUUGUGGCUACUGAUGAUUUAGUUACGGAUUUGUUGGAGUGGUCUGAUUUGUAUCUAGCUGGAAGGCUACAUAAACCUGUUGAAAUUGUUAAGAAACCAUUAAGUUCUGAAUUAGACACGGCAUUGCAAUUAAAUUUACAGUCUGCUGUGCAUGCUGCACUGCUGAUAUUGCCAGAAUCUUUUACCGAAUAUGAAUUCUAUCACACAAUUUCAAACUUGAGUUAUAGUGGUGAUUUUCGCAUGACUUUUGGUGAAAAUAAGAAUAAAGUGGAAAAUAUCGUAAAAGCACAGUUGCCAGGUUUUAGGCAAUUGUAUCGAUCGUUCAUUUUGUCAUUACCGGAUUAUGUAGAUUUUCCUAUGUUAAAAGAAAGAUUGGUGAAAGAAUCGGUGGAAGACAAAAAUGCAGUAAUAUCCAAAGUUUCUGACCCAAAUGAACCUCCAAUUAAUUGUGCACAAGAUGUUAGCCCCAUUGCUAAACUUCACCAUUUAAAUCAGUUACCAAGAUGGCCUCAAAAGGCCUUAACUAGGUUUUGGAAUAGAGGGACGCUUCGACAAGAUACUGAAGACGUUCUGAGAGCAAUAGCAUAUGAUCCAGAUUGUGGACUUAUUGUUAAGCAGUGUAUUAAUGAUAUCGUGUGGAAAUCUUCUGUUAGUCAAAGUUUGAAGAGUAUUGUAACUGCCGGGUUAUUUAAGAGUGUCAAAUAUAGCAGUAGAAAAAUUAAAAAAAUGUUUAUAUAAUAAAUGUUAUAGAACUAUUCAUUUGAG